AUGGCGCAAGUCGAAUCGCCGCGCGUCAAUGGCGCUCACACACCCAAGCGAUCGAGUUUAGUCCUCACCGAGUAUGCCGCAACACCUACACCUCCACACGAGCGAACAGCCGUGCCAAAGUUCGAUGUACCUCACGAUCUGCUCCUGCCAACAGGCUACCCGGACUAUCUGAGGCUCAUCCUGAGCUCAAGAGUGUACGAUGUCGUAGAAGAGACACCUCUGAGUCAUGCAGUCAACCUCUCGAACCGUCUGGAGUGCAAAGUAUGGCUGAAACGGGAAGAUCUAUUGCCUGUCUUCAGCUUCAAGUUGCGUGGCGCAUACAACAGAAUGGCACAUCUGCCAAGAGAAGACGCAUGGAAGGGCGUCAUUGCUGUCUCGGCUGGCAAUCAUGCUCAGGGUGUCGCAUACUCGGCUAGACAUUUAAAGAUGCCGGCGACCAUUGUGAUGCCCGAGGGCACGCCAGCGAUCAAGCAUAGGAACGUUAGCAGACUCGGUGGCAACGUGGUGCUGCAUGGGCCCGACUUUGAUUCAGCAAAAGCUCACGGAGCCGACCUGCAGAAGCAGCAUGGACUCAUCAAUAUCCCUCCGUUCGACGACCCGUAUGUGAUUGCUGGUCAAGGCACUAUAGGAGCUGAACUGUUGAGGCAAGCGUCGCUACAGAACCUGAGAGCUAUCUUCUGCUGUGUGGGUGGUGGAGGUCUCAUAGCUGGCAUCGGCGUCUAUGUGAAGCGGAUAGCACCACAUAUCAAGAUCAUCGGUGUCGAAGCAAGUGAUGCAAAUGCGAUGGUGCAGAGUCUUGCAGCCGGCAAGCGAGUCAUGCUCAAGGAUGUGGGUCUGUUUGCCGACGGAGCUGCAGUGAAGUUCGUAGGAGAGGAGACAUUCAGGAUAUGUCAGGAGGUGGUUGACGAAGUCAUCCAGGUCAGCACAGACGAGAUCUGUGCCGCUAUCAAGGACGUCUUCGAGGAUACGAGAUCGAUACUGGAACCCGCAGGAGCCUUAUCCCUCGCAGGGCUGAAGAAGUGGGUUGUACAAAAUCCCUCAGCAGACGUCAAUCGAGAACUGGUCGCAAUUGCCAGCGGUGCAAACAUGAAUUUUGACCGAUUGAAGUUUGUUAGUGAACGAGCUAGUAUCGGUGAGGGCAAAGAGGCUCUGCUAUCGGUCGACAUCCCCGAGAAGCCAGGCUCCUUCGUGAACCUGGUCGAGGCAGUUCUACCACAAGCUGUGACAGAAUUCAACUACAGAUAUUCCACCUCCAGCCAAGCAAAUGUGCUCAUGGGUAUCUCAGUCACCUCAGCAACCACCCGAGCUGAGGAGCUCGAGUCGCUGUUCACGAGACUGCAACGAGAUGGUAUGACUGCAGAAGACAUCUCCAACAACGAAUUGGCCAAGCAGCACAUCCGAUAUUUCGUGGGAGGCAGAUCUACAGCGACGGACGAGCGCGUGUUCAUGUUCACAUUCCCCGAGCGUCCCGGAGCUCUAUUCAGAUUUCUUCGUACUCUUCGGCCAGGACAGAACAUCUCUGCUUUCCAGUAUCGAAAUGUGGGCGGCGACAUUGGCAACAUCCUGGUGGCAAUACAGUGUCCUGACUCGGAAAGAGAAGAAUUGAAUUCCUUCUUGAAGGAGGUCGGAUAUCCUUACACCGAAUGUACGGAUGACAGGAUGUACAAGAAGUUUCUCAGAGCGUGA